UAUUCUCUAAAUAUAAUGCCCCUUAACCCCAAACUCUUCAAACACACUUCUUUCUUCUCAUUUUCUCUAACCUCUCCCUUUCUCUCUCACUCACUCUCUAAACUUUUAGGUAUGGACUUCCAGCCAAACACAUCUCUACGUCUGAGCCUACCAAGUUACAAGAAUCACCAACUAAACCUAGAACUUGUCCUCGAGCCUUCUUCUACGUCUUCUUCUUCUUCCACAAACUCAUCAUCAUGUUUGGAGCAGCCUAGGGUAUUCUCUUGUAACUAUUGUCAAAGAAAGUUUUACAGCUCUCAAGCUUUAGGUGGCCAUCAAAACGCUCAUAAGCUAGAGAGAACCUUAGCCAAGAAGAGUCGAGAACUCUUUAGAUCCUCAACUACUGUUGAUUCUGAUCAACGUUACCCGUUCUCCGGCCGGUUUGAGAUCUACGGCCGUGGCUAUGAAGGAUUUGUCGAAAGCGGUGGCCGGAUGGACUUCUCAGGCCGUGGUGUGUCGGAGAGUGGUCUUGAUCAGGAUCAGGAUCAGGAGAUGAGUCACCUUGACUUGUCGUUAAGGCUCUAAAAUAGUUUUUAUUUUGUUAGAAAUAUAAUCAUCUCAAUUGUUAAUCCUGAAUUAAAUGUUUUUCAAUAAGUCUAUUUCUUACCAGUCAUGUUUUUAAUGUAAAAUCGAAUCAAAAUUUAGUUUUGAAAGAUGGUAUCUAUGUUUUUGUUUUA